AUGGCAACCCCUCUGAAACCAGCGCCGGGAGCAAUGUCAGCAGUUCGGAUUCGUGAGGCUAUUAGGACGUGCCUCUCUGAGGCUCGGUCAGACUUGGGUGAAGUUCAGCAAAAAGCUCUUCAGACCUUGGUUUCCAUCACCAAGGUGAGCCCCCAGAACAGAAACCUACUUGCACAAACAGAAGGAGCCAUCCCUGCCUUACUCGCCCUCUCAAAAUCUUCAUCCAGCACCACUCAGAUUCUCGCAUUGUCCAUCCUCUUCAACCUUUCCCUGAAUCUUGAUCUAAAGCUAUCACUAGCAGAUAUAGAAACCAUUUACCACCUCAAUACCAUAAUUUCCGACCCAACAGAAUCUGGCAAGCUAGCAUCCUCACUGGUCUGCAGUUUAGCUAUGCUCGACAAGAACAAGGCCAAGUUUGGAGUAGCAGGCACAAUCCAAUUGCUUGUCAAUGCCAUAUCAGGUCCCCGUGGUCCUGCUGCUCAUCACCUCCUUAGCUCUCUCGCUGAGCUUGUUCGGUUCCAUGGGAACUGCACUGUGGCAGUGAGGGAAGGUGCUGUUCCUGCGCUUCUCCAAAUGGUGGAGAGCACCGAUGGUGAGGACCUAGCCGGAACCUCUCUUCUGGUCCUAGGCCUCCUUGCAAGGUUUGAUGAAGGGCUGAGUGCUUUGAGCAAAACUGAGCAGAUUGUGAGUUCAAUGGUACAAGUGUUCAAAGGGAGGUGCAUGUUGAGCAAGGAAGGUGCAGCUGAACUUCUGCUUCUCCUCUUUGACGAAAGCGAGGGAUGCGUGAGAGAUGCUCUAAGGCUUCAAGAUUUUUCGAGUUUGGUUGCUGAUAUUUCAGUCAGAGGAUCAGCUAGAGCUAGAGAGAAGGCUGCUUUGCUGAUGAAGAAGAUGAUGGAUGCUGACAUGGAUUCUUAUGUGGAUGGAAACCCCAUGUUUUCCCAGUGGUAA